AUGCGUCUAGGAGAGUUAAACGUUAGCCUGGUGAAAACACUGGUCUAUGGGUUUUCGGGCGUGGAAGAGGUGGCCAUUGGCGAGGUUUCUUUGCAGAUAACUUUGGGGACGUCGCCUUUGACACAAACUCACAUAAUACGUUUCCUGGUGAUGGAUACCCCGUCAACAUACAAUGUAAUAUUGGGGAGGCCGACCCUAAACAAAUUUGAGGCUAUCCUUUCAACAGUACACAUGAAGUUGAAAUUCCCUGUGGGAAGGGAGGUAGGCGAGGUAAGAGGGGAUCAGGAGGACUCAAGGCGUUGCUAUGCCGAUGGAGUACGAGUAGCCAGCAAAAAGCGAGGAGAGAUAGUACAUUCGCUGCAAGAAGUACAAAGGACGGUGGACACUGAUAAUAAGAAGCCUCGGGUGACUCCGAUGGAGGAAUUGUUGACGAUAGAAUUAUGGCCGCAAACGCCAGUAUGUACCACUCGGAUCGAUAGCGAGAUGAGUGGGGAAGUAUGUCGGGAACUGAUAGCAUUUUUACAAGAGAAUCACGAUGUAUUCUCUUGGGGUCCGAGGGAUUUGAAGGGCAUCGACCCCAAGUUUGUUCAACAUCGUCUAAAUAUUCGGACCGACACCCGACCAAUAAAGCAGAAGAGACGGCAUUUCGGAGCCGAGAAAGAUGGGAUAAUAGCUGCGGAAGUAGAACGACUUCUACAGGCGGGACACGUCAAGGAGAUCCAAUUUCCUAAUUGGUUGUCCAAUGUGGUGCUGGUAAAGAAAGCCGAGGGAAAGUGGCGAAUGUGCAUAGAUUUUAGAGAUAUCAAUAAGGCAUGUCCAAAAGAUCAUUAUCCUUUGCCAAGGAUUGAUCAAUUGGUAGACUCCACGGCGGGGUAUGAAUUAUUAAGCAUGAUGGAUGCUUCGCAAGGGUAUCAUCAGAUCAUGCUCCAUCCGGAUGAUCAUAAAAAUGUCAGUUUCGUUACGGCGGCGGACACAUUUUGUUACGUCGUCAUGCCGUAUGGGUUGAAGAAUGUCGGGGCAACAUAUCAACGGCUGGUGGAUACCAUGUUCCGAAGUCAGCUGGGAAGGAAUAUGGAAGUAUAUGUUGACGACAUGUUGGUCAAGAGUAAGGAGGCGAGAACUCACAUCGAGGACUUGAGAGAGACCUUCGCCAAGUUACGGCAGUACGAAAUGAAGCUCAACCCGGCGAAGUGUUCUUUUGGGGUGCGAGCGGGAAAUUUUUUGGGGUACAUGGUGACCGAGCGUGGUAUCGAGGUGAAUCCAGAGAAGGUGCAGGCUGUGCUGGGUAUGAGAUCCCCGAGGACGGUCAAGGAGGUUCAGGUUUUAACGGGAAGAAUGGCGGCAUUGGGGAGAUUUAUCUCGGGGUCAGCAGCAAGAAGCUUACCUUUCUUUGAAGUAUUAAAAAAGAAUAAAUCAUUUGUGUGGACGGCGGAAUGUCAGCUCGCAUUCGAUCAAUUGAAGGCAUACCUCGUUCAAGUCCCCCUUCUGCCAAAGCCAAUAAAAAAUGAAUCUCUUCUCUUAUAUGUCGCGGCAGGGCAGGGAGUAGUUAGCUCGGUAUUGGGCGCAGAACAAAGGUAUUCUGAUAUAGAGAAAAUCGCCUACGCAAUAAUGAUAUCAGCCCAGAAGUUGAAGCCUUAUUUCUUGUCACAUGCCAUCAUAGUAAGGACUAAUUACCAUCUGAAGCAGAUAUUGAGCAACCCCGAGGUAUCAGGUAGAAUGGUGAAAUGGGCGGUAGAGUUGGGACAAUAUGAUGUGGAGUUCCAACCUCGUGUUGCUAUAAAAGAGCAAGUGCUGGCGGAUUUCAUCCAAGAAACUACGCCGGGGUGUGGCGAGGUAGAAGGCGAGGUAUGGGAGGCUCACGUGGACGGUUCGUCCAUUAUUGGAGGUUGCGGGGUAGGAAUUGUAUUAACUAGCGCAAAGGGCGAGGUAUCCGAAUAUGCUGUGAGGUUGGCAUUUCGGGCAUCCAAUAAUGAAGCAGAGUACGAGGCAAUCAAAGAGGGGCUUAUGCUGGCCUGGGCUAGGAGAGUGAGAUUCAUCAGAGUAUUUUCGGACUCUCAAUUGAUCGUUCAGCAGAUCAAGGGGGCCUUCGACGUAAAGGAUGAACGAAUGGGCCGAUACGUGGCUCAGAUUUUCAAGCUUAUGGCUCAAUUUGAUCAUUGCAAGGUAACACAGAUCCCUCGGGAGGAGAAUCGUCGGGCGGAUUUCUUGGCAAGGAUGGCUAGUUCGGCAGCGGGGGUAAGGGAGCGAUCUAUAUCGUUGAGAGUGGAGACGGAAUGCGAUGCCAAGGCCAAAGUCUUGAGCAUAGAAGUGAAGAAGGAUUGGAGGCAGCCAUUAUUGGCGUUUCUACGAGGUGAAAAAGUGUCCGGUAGAAAAGAGCAGGACAAAAUGCAUGAGGGGUGUUGUGGCAAUCAUACUGGCGCCAAGAGCUUGGCGAAGCGACUUUUACAAGCGGGAUAUUUCUGGCCACCAAUGAAAAAAGACUCGGGGGAUUUGGUUAAACGUUGCUCCAAAUGCCAAAGGCAUGCUCCGCUGAUUCACGUGCCGGCCGAGGAGCUGGGUAUCAUGACAUCGCCUUCCCCUUUUUCCCAAUGGGGAAUUGAUAUCGUCGGUCCUUUCCCGGUGGCUUCCGGCCGAUCACACCCACAAGCUAAUGGACAAGUGGAGGUAACUAAUCGGAUAAUAGUAUCGGGCAUAAAGAAGAGAUUGGAAGAGGCCAAGGGGGCCUGGACGGAGGAGCUUGCAGUAUUAUGGGCAUAA